CAAGUAUUCGGAAAAGAUGAUAAAUGCACGAAAUGGUGACAGGAAUUCCCCAGGCUACAAUACCUGGAAGCGUGGUCAAGGACUUAAAAAUUCUUUCAAAAACUAUGGAGAAGUAAGAGUUUGGGGAUGGAGAGAAUUGGUAAGAGUUUGGUGGCAAUGGCAAGGUUUCUGGCGAAGAAGAGUGAGAGUUAGCUUUGAGAUCAAUUUCUAUCCUUCUCAAAUGCCAACUUGAGCCCCUAGACAUUUUAUUUUUAAACUUGAUCGAUGAUUUUCUUCCUCUAUUCUUGAGAAAAUGGUGAAACAUCAUCUGGGCUCUAAGAUUUGUACCCUCUUCUUUCUCUGUUUACUCCACUUUUUCGUUUUUGGUCAUUGUCAAUCCCAUUCAAGCGAUGCUUCAAUAAUGCAGGCCUUGAAAUUGAGCCUCGGCCUCGACCAACUGGGUUCACUCUAUUGGACUGGCUCGGACCCGUGCAAUUGGCAAAACGUGGGUUGCUCCAACGACGGACGAGUUAUCGAGAUCAAAGUCAGAUAUCAGAACCUCCAAGGGGGGUCUCUCCCUUCAAGCCUGGCCAACCUCACCGCCUUGCAAACACUCGAUGUCGCAUCCAACGAUCUCAGUGGUCCACUCCCAAGUCUCCAUGGCAUGAACUCACUCCAAAACCUCUUGCUCAGCAAUAAUAGCUUUUCUUUCAUUCCCUCAAAUUUCUUCCUCGGUAUGACGACCCUGGAAAAUGUUUAUCUUGACAACAACUCCUUUUCAGAUUGGCCCAUACCAGACAGUCUCCGAAGUGCAUCGACCCUCAAGGUCUUCUCGGCCAACGACUCCAAUAUCAACGGAAAAAUACCAGAUUUUUUUGGUGCUAACACAUUCCCAAAUUUGACGACUCUUCACUUGGAGUUCAACAACCUUGAGGGUGGGCUACCUGCGAGCUUUUCAGAUUCUACAAUUAAGUCUCUGAGGUUGCAUAACCAACGGAGUAUUUAUCAGCUCAACGGUUCAAUUGUUGUGAUACAAAACAUGACCCAUUUGACCGAACUGUGGUUGCAUGAUAAUUCCUUUUCAGGUCCAUUACCAGACAUUUCAGGUCUUACGAGGUUGCAGAGCUUCACUAUAAAUAGCAAUUACAUUACGGGUCAAGUACCGACAUCUUUGAUGCAUCUUCCAUCGCUUGAGAUUGUGAAUUUGACCAACAAUCUUCUACAAGGGCCAACCCCAAACUUUGACCCUUCUGUGGUGGUUGAUAUAAACAAGUUUGAUCGGACUAACAGUUUUUGCUUAUCUUCUCCUGGAGUUGAAUGUGAUCCCCGGGUGAAUACACUACUUUCAAUCGUGCAAUCAGUUAAUUAUCCGAUAGAGUUCGCAAAGAGUUGGAAAGGUAAUGAUCCUUGCAUCCAUUGGUUGGGGCUCACUUGCACUAGUGGAGACAUUAUUGUUGUCAAUUUUCAAAAUAUGGGUCUUACGGGUACAAUUUCUCCAAACUUCUCAUCCAUUACUUCGUUACAGAAACUAAUUCUCGCUAAUAAUAAUCUUACUGGUACUAUUCCGAAUGAGCUUACAACUUUACCUAAUCUUAGAGAAUUAGAUGUCUCUAACAAUCAGCUUUAUGGAGAAAUCCCAUUAUUUAAGAAUAAUGUGAUUAUAAAAACUGACGGCAACCUUCAUAUUUGGAAGAAUAGUGUUGCUCCAUCACCAGGGACACCUAAAACAACUCCGAAUAAUUUUGAAAGCAAUGGUAGUAAGUAUUCGAUUGGAGUGAUUAUAGGCAUCGUAAUUGGUGGUGUUUGUGUAGCUUUGGUAGUUGGAAUUGUUAUAUUUUAUCUAUACAGAGGUAGAAUAAAGUAUUCUAGUAAACGUCAUGUCAUUGAAGUUGAAAGCAUGGUAAUCUCUAUUCAUGUUUUGAAGAAUGCGACCAACAAUUUUAGCCAAGAGAAUAUAUUGGGAAGAGGUGGAUUUGGAACUGUCUACAAAGGAGAGUUGCAUGAUGGCACUAAGAUUGCAGUUAAGAGAAUGGAGUCCGGAAUGGUGAGUGAGAGUGGUUGGGAUCAAUUCAAAUCUGAGAUUGUUGUUCUUAAUGAGAUUCAACAUAGGCAUUUGGUUUCAAUUCUAGGAUAUUGCUUGGAUGGAAACGAAAGACUACUUGUUUACGAAUACAUGCCUCAAGGGACUCUUAGUAGGCAUUUGUUUCAAUGGAAAGAGGAAGGGUUGAAUCCCCUUGAAUGGUUGAAAAGGUUGACCAUUGCUUUGGAUGUAGCCAGAGGAGUUGAGUAUUUACAUAGUUUAGCCCAUCAAAGUUUUAUUCAUAGGGAUCUCAAACCAUCCAACAUUCUUCUAACAGAUGAUAUGCGUGCUAAAGUUGCCGAUUUUGGACUUGUUCGCCUAGCUCCAGAUGGGAAGUCUUCAGUUCUAACUAAACUAGCAGGAACUUUUGGAUAUCUCGCACCAAAAUAUGCAGUGACGGGACGGGUAACAGUUAAAAUUGAUGUGUUCAGCUUCGGAGUGAUUCUACUACAACUAAUUACUGGAAGAAAAGCGGUAUUUCAACUGGAGCCCCAACAAGAUGAGUGCAUUGAUCUUGUCACAUGGUUCCGUAGAAUACGUAUCUACAAAGACUCAUUCCAAAAGGCCAUCGACCCAACAAUUGAUCUUGAUGAAGAAACACUUGCUAGCGUCAACACUGUUGCUGAGUUGGCUAGUCAAUGUUGUGCAAAGAAACCCUUACAGAGGCCCGACAUGGCCCAUGUAGUCAAUGUACUUUCAUCUCUUGUUGAGCUUUGGAAACCGCUAGACCCUCAUUGUGAUGAGGGAUUUGGAUCCUUUGGAGAGAUCAAGCCAACACAUCAUAGCCACACAUUUCAAAAUGAGUGGCCUCAAUUUUUCAACGACACUACAAGUUCUAGUCGUAAUUUCGGGGGAUCACCACAUGCUCAAGGUCUGAAAGUACAACCAUCAGUGACAUGGUGAUCAUGGGCACGAAAAUUGUGCAAAUGAACAUAUGAAAAGUACCUGACGCUUCAUUUGUUUCACAAAAAAAUAUUUCUACCGAAAACUUUUUUCAAAAAAUGUUUCCUUUUGUUUUUUAUUUUUUAUUUUUUUAUGUCUAGUUGAAAUCUUGAAACUUAUGUGCUAGUGAUUGUAUUAUUAGCAGUAGUGGUUGAGUGGCGGCAGCAACAGUGGUGAUUAUGGUAGUAGAGGUGUAGGUAGGUGGUGGUGGUGAUGAGGUAGUAAUGGUCAUGGAGACGGUGGUAGUGGAGAGGUGUUGGUGAUGGUUGUUGAGAUUUAUCGCACAUUCCUGAAUGUGAAUGGAAUCACACCACACAUACACCAAAGAUAAAAAUUAGCCGCACAAAGAUUGACGUGGUUUGGCGUACAUUGCCUUCAUUCAAGUAAGUCCUCUGUACCUCCAUAGCAUAUGCUUGUGUCUUUGCAUUGUCCCUUUUAGUAAUCCAAGUCUCUGUGUUCUUCAUAUGCAAAA